CCCCGCCUCUUAUCACUCUGGAAAUCAAAGAGCGAGGAGUGGAUUCCCAUCUUCUUGAAAAUGAGAAAGGGGAACAAAUUUCCCUACCUACCUCUCCCAGCUCUGAUUUCCGUAUGGGCCAGUUCGGCUUUGGUGCUCAGAAAGUUCGAUGCCUAGGACUGUGCAACAUGGCCGAGGCAGGCCGUCCGUGGUCGCGACGCCGCCUUCGCGUCAGCAGUUAGCGGGCGGUAUAUGGUGGUUGCCUCCCAAAGACAAGUUGACAGGGAACGACGAUCCGGACCUCGAUGAGGGAAAAUGUAACCAUCCGGUGGUAAUUCUCUCGCCACAACUCGAGAAUGGCCAGGUCGUAUUUCUAAUAGUCACAUCGUUCAAGGAGACGAGCCUUGAGAUACGGUUUAGCCACCACCCGAGCUUACGACUCGAAUACCUCCCCAUUCGGCCUUGUGACCCGCACCCGGACAACGGGAAGCUCCUAAGCCUCUCGGACCCGUCGUUAGAGCUCAGAAAGAAGUCGUACAUCCAUACCAAAAAGACACAUCAGAUCAGGCAUAAGUUACUCCAAACGUACGACCGCAGGGGUGUCGAAUACGUCCUAUCUCGAGGCUCGUAUUUAGAACUAAUCGAGUAUGCCGGCUUCUCCCCUCCGGCCCCACACCCCCGAUCCAACACCGUCUCUCCGGGGCGAAGCUCUCGGUCGCGUAACCGAAUCAUCCGGGCUUCUCGCCCACGGACCAGCUUCUCAGCUUCUCCGCCACGAGUCGACUCCCCGGUUAGGACCCCCGCGGCUGCUACACAGAGGGACAGCUACUCGGAGUUCGUUUCCGCCCUCAGGCGAUUGGAGAGCGGCACGACGAGCCCUUCUCGUAACCAGCACCAUGCACAUUACGUUUCGGCUACGCAGUGGCAACCCCAGCCGAGCGAACGAGCGCCUUUACUAAGUCGAAAUAACGAGCACGCCUAUACGUACAAUCGUCCGUAUAACACGUCUCACGGGGUGGGGUAUGAGCACAUCGAACCCUCGGCGUCCCCCAGUGGAGGCGUGUUCUGGAAAUGUGUCAAAGCGCUCUUCGGGAUCGUGGGGUCGCUUCUGGGGAUCUAUGCGGUAUAUCGUGGUGCGUACUGGUUGGCCGGCAUGUCAAAGACCAGCACUACAACCGAUUUGCACAGCUUUAGCCGAGUAGUUUCUGAUAUUUGGGCGCACGUAACGGGAAAGGAAGAAUGGCAGCGUCUGAGGACAGUGGAAGCAAAAAGACGGUGGCUCAACAGACUACUUUUUGGUACUCGGCGGUGAGGUGCGGCGCAUUCUUUGGUAUACUGGUGGCCCGUCUCAGUUUAUUUGCAAGUUGGUGUAAAUGGGACAGCAAUAUGUGAUCCGUGGUAAUAG